CUAGGUUGUGCUGGACUCUUUUAUCCAAAACGACGCUCUUUCAUAUCCUAAGUCCCUAACCUCUUCUAACGACCACAAUGUUCACCUACGCCACCGCCACAUAAACACUCCAACAACCACAAAUGGCCGAACCACCACCGACACUCCUCCAAAAAGUCUUGACGGUAGACAGAAAACUCUCCCACUACCUCCAUUCCAAAUUCCACACUUACCUCCCAAUAUUCUUUCUCCUCAUCCUAGAAAUUUCAGCCGACUUCCGCUUUUCUUUCCCCAUUUCCCUCUCCCUAUUGUUUGCCCUUCCCCUCCCUUCCCUCCUUCCGUUCUUUUCCUCUCUCCUCCUUGGCCUCCUCCUCGAUAUCGCCGCCGUCGGCCUUGUCAAAAUCCUCUUCCGCCGCCCUCGCCCUCCUUAUAACCACCUCUCCUCCAUGUCCACCCCUGUCUCCGCCGACCACUUUUCCUUCCCUAGUGGCCAUUCCUCUCGUGUUUCCUUUGUUGCUGCAUUGGUUUUUCUCUACAAGGAGGUGAUGGAGGUAGCGGCUGUGGAGGUGAGGGAAAAAGGUGGAGUCUUUGGAAGUUGGGUGGGGGAAGACGGAAAGUUGGUGGACGUCGUGAUGGUGGGAGUUUGUGUUUGGGCAGUUGUUACGGCGGUUUCUCGGGUUUUAUUAGGGAGGCAUUACUUUUUUGAUGUCUUCGCAGGGUUUUGUUUGGGAGUGAUUGAAGGGGUUUUCGCCUUUCGGGUUUUGAGGUUUGAGGAUUUUUUGAGAUUGGUUGACAAAACAGUAGAAUGAAGUGGUUUGGUGCAUUUGAUGGACCAUUUGCUGGCUCACAGGGAAAUGUGACAGUAGAAUGGUUACCUAUUAUCAGCUUAACAUAACUGUAGGGAAGGUUACCUGCACUGCACUCCCCUUUAAUGAAUAUUGUUUUUCAUUUGCCAGCUUUUCCCUUAAAGAUGUACAUUAAUGUAACUCAUUUGAAAUAUGUUGUUUGGAUUUAUUAACUAGCUAAAAUUUGACUACUAAUAAAGAUGAGUUAAACAAGCCUAAUUUUCCUACUUGCAGUACCUUUCGUCAUCAAAUCUGGUCAAGGUAGAAGCUAAGUGCUUGGAAUGGAAGGCAUGGGACAUGCUUCCUUUGAAACUGAUCAUCAGAUGGACCUUUCUGGGUUUAUCUUGAUGCCAGGUCCAUAUUCAAGGUAUCAUUUUCUCUGAUGCGAAGCCCCAGAAUUCUAAGAUGAUUGGUGCGAAUUCUCUGAACACACAGAAUACUGAAAUGUGCUGCUGGCGAAUGCCAUUUAUUCAACUAAGUUGUGGCAUUGUUUUGUCUCAAUAUGCACAGUUCACUGGUCAUUCGGCAUUAAAUAUGAUUCUCGAUUCUCUUUAAUAUCACAUAAAUGCAAUUGUUAUUUGCUACAAUUUAAUCA